CACCAUUGCCAACGUCGUCCUCUCAAACCACAACUAUUGCGCCAUCUAGCGAGCAAAUAACUUCCAACGUACCAACCACUACACCGAAAAUGACAUCGGAACAAACAACGAAACAAACUGUUACGUCAUUGUCUGUGACUUCAACCCAACAAACAGCGUCACAAUCUGUCAAUCUUCAACAUAUCAAGGGAAACAUCGAGGAAACGACAACGGAGAUGGAACCGCCAACACCCACAGCUACUAAAGAAUUUAUACCACAAAAUUUGCAUUCACAUUCUGUCGGUAUAAACGCUAAUUCCGGAGAAUAGAAUACAGUUUUAGAGCAGCUAAACUCGGUGUUGAAUAUGAGCUCAGGAAUUACCCUGACCUCAAAGUUCACAAAUGGUCAAGGUUCCAAUCCGUCCACUGGAAGUAGUUUAGUAGACCUUACAGGGGCCGAUUUAUUCAAGAUUUUAAUAACCGGGAUUAAAGAACGUAAAUCUCUUCAAGAGGUUCUGUACAGUUUAGCCGCAAAGGUCAACAAGGGUCACAAUGAAGAAUCCUUCGCAGGUCAGGGUCAUCAAAUAGAGAAACCUGAGGGUCAAAUUAAACCAGAAAAAGUAUUGCUAUUGUACAGCAGUAUAAGCGAUAAAAAUGUCGCUGGUGCAUCCGCUACCGGAUUGACGUCGUAUUUCCAGAAAAUAGUUGAGAUACGCCCAAGUGACGUCACAACUACCAAACCAACAGAAUCCUUGAAGGGUUCCAAUAGUAAAGACUGCCUGGAUUUGGGCUCAUCCUGUCCCGUUGAUUGUCAAGUGACAGACCCUGUUUCUAAAUGUCCUCUUUGCAGCUGCGCAGAGCAACAAAACGAGACACACAAUUCGGCCAUAAGUUGUGUCCCUCUGGAUGUAAGAUGUCCGAGUCGCUGUAUUACAUUGGACAGUAGUAUGUGUCCGGUAUGUGUCUGUACAGACACACAGACAGGCCAAGCCUCCACCCAACCUACACCAACAACCAGCAAAGAACACGACAUCCUCGGCAACCGACUCUGCUGCCUCAAGUUGGACGACCAUUUUUGUCCAGUCUGCAUCUGUUCCGAUGACGUCAUCAAAGGAACCGAGACCUCAAACAACAACACUCCUGUAUCUGUCCGAUUCCUAGCCUGUACUAAUUAUGUUGCAUCCUUAGCUGCCGCCUCCAUUGCCACACUGAUCUCCAUAGCUUUUUCAAAUGUCAAGUCUUUCUCUGACAGCAAGCGCUUUUGA